CUAUAAUGUAUAUCUAUAAUGUAUGUGAUUAGUAUAAUGUAUGUGAUUAUAUGUUUUUGUAUAUGAUUAUGAUUAUGUUUAUGUUAGUCGUGUCCCGUUCAAUAUCACAAGUGUAUUUGAAAAACUGAAAAUGAAAUGAAUGGUAUACAAUACUACAUAUCUAUCAUAUGAUCUAAUUAUUAAGAUGGAUGAAUCGUUUCAUUUUGCAUUGCUUCGCAUAUCCAUCACACAAAUCCUUAAAGCCAAUGGAUUUGAUAAAUGUAAACCUUCUACAUUGAAUGUUGUGACUGAUAUUUAUAUUCAAUAUCUUAAAAAACUAAUUAAUCAAGUAAAAGAAUGUACUACUACCAAAGAAAAUAUCGAAGUUAUAGAUGUAUUUCAAGCUUUAAGUUUAAUUGAAAGUGUUAAGCCAAGUAAUUUUAUUAAAUUACCUCCUAAAUAUAAUCAAAAUGAUUUAGAAUCAUCAUCAAUAUUAACUGAUAUUGAUACUCAACAAAAAGUAUCUAAUACAAAAUCAAUAGAAUCAUUUAAGAAUUGGAUAGAGUAUAGUGAUCCAUUUAGGUUAAGUUAUAGAUUGAAUCAAUUACCUUCGACUUUAAUUAAAAAUUUAAUAGAAAAGAGGAAAUUAAGUGUAAAUGAUGGAGAAACUGAUCAAGAACGUCGUAAAAGAAAGAGAAAGGAAAGACAAGAAUAUUAUAAUCAAUUAAAUUUAAUGGAUCAAAAUCAGUCCCAGGCAGGUAUUCAAGAUGAUGAUGACGAUGAAGAUAUUUUAACUUCAAAGGAUAGAUUAUUGUGGAUAAAUUAUCUAAUUGAAAAAGAUUUAAAAUUAGGCCACGAUUUAAAGUUCAUAAACAGUAGUUUAGAAACUGAGUUUUUAAAGUUUCAAUCUAAUCAAAAAUUUCAUCCCGACCAACAGAAUAUUCAAUUACAUAAUUUAAAUAAGCAUGACUAUAUCAUAAUAAAUAUAGAUCAAAAUGACAAACAAGACGAUGACACAGAACAACAACAACAGAAUAUAACAACAGAACAGAAUAUUGAAGCCAUACGGCCAAGUGAGAAGUUGACUCAAUUACUACCUUAUAAUAUUAAAUACGACAAAACUUUACUAGAGGAUGAUUUAGAGAAAUUAAUUAAUAAUAAUAAAAACAAUAAUAAUAAUAACAAGAUCAGUGACAAUGCCGAUGAUCAAAUAGAGUCAGGUGCUGAUCAUGAUAUAAGCAGAGAUAUUAUCGAACAAGAUGAUGAAGAUAUAUUAAUUCGUGAAGAAGGAAUAGGAGGUGACAAUAGUUUAAUGUUUCUCUAACAAAGUUACAUAUAAAAAUGAAUAAAAAAUAUACGAAUAAAAGUGUAUACUUAUAUAAUUAUAAUAUAUUAAUGUGGAGUAAAAUGUCAGUUUUUGUUUAGAAAUGUCGAUCAAUUAUGGCAAUAGAUGCGUAUAAGAAGAAUUAGGUAGAUUUUCUUAACUAAAAUUAGUACCGAGAUGCAUUUUGUACAUGAAAUACGAGCAUUAACUCAGGGCCCAGAACUUUGCUAAUGAAUACGAAACAUCACAAGAGUGAACAUUCUUAAAAAGAAUAUCAGGUACUUAAAAAAUACCACUAAUUAUACCUGUUUAGGAAUAUUCCCCAAUCCAGCUAAUUGCGCAAAAGACGCGUCGACGAAAAGAGUAAUGUAAUUAUAUCAAGGAAAUCUGACAAGAAUUGCAUCCAAAUUGAACAUGAGCAAUUCAGAGAUAUAGUUAUAGUUAUAGUUAUAGUUAUAGUUAUAGUU